GUGCAUGUGUGUGAGUAGCUCAAGGUUUGAGAUAGAGUCAUGAACGUAUAAUGUAUCAAUGUUUUCCUGGGCUACAGUCCAGCAGGUGUAUGCGGGUGAGUGAGAGAGAGAGGGUACACAGUGUGUUGGGGGGCUUUGGCUGUGCAACUAAGUAUAAAUAUUUCACCCCCUUCUCCAGUUCCCUUUUGUUCAUCAUUAUAGUGGCUCGAUGGCCAACCCCUUUAAUCCACAGCUGAACGAAUGAAAGCGAGAGAGGAAGGGAAGAGCACGUGAAGGAGAGACAGAUAUUAACAGAGACAGAUAAGCCCCAUUAAGGUUUGCAGAAUGUGAAAGGAAUGAGAAUAUAUUCUUUUUAAAAUCUUAUUAUGUGAUGUAAAGAGGAGACAAAAUGUGAAAAAGAAGAGGAUGAAAAAUGAAUGUGAGUAUAAAAAAACAUUUCUGCAAUAGUAAAAGUGUGAAUUUGUGUGUUGUGAGGCUAAUGUUGUCUUUUGUUUGAAAUGAGUCACAGCGUAUGUGUCCUGAUCUUGGGGAAAAAAAUGUCACGAUUCCGGGAAGCCCUUAAAGAGGAUGAAUCUGAAAAGAAGAACCCUAAGAUGCCUCAAAAACAAAAGAAAAAGGAGGCUGAAAAUAAGGACAAUGCAGUGAUAUCGAAGGAUAGGCUCCCUCUGAUUCGUUCAUCAAGAAAUAAAUCUGCAGCGAGGCCCUCUCUAUCCACUCCUCAGGCCGAAACGAGGAAACGCGGCCAUCCUCCCAUCUCAUCUGUGGCCCCUGACAGUAUUACACCCUGGGAAGGCUCCUCCCACUCCGAGUCGUCCUUUACCAGUUUUCCCCCUCCAGUUUCACCCCUUCCUCUUGUCCACUCGAAGCCAAUCACAGCACCAGAUCCUCCGCCCCCACCACCCCCUCCUCAAAUCACAAACACUGAACCUGACAAUAGUCAGAGUGCCAGGGUAAAACGCAAGCCGCUCCCACCAAGACACCCCUCUAGACCUCCCCGUUUGCCCCCUCUGAGGCAAGUCACAAAUCUUAGCUUUUCUCGUAGCUUCACGUUUUCGUUUUUUGAGCUGCCGGUUCACCAGUCUGCACGGAGCAGAGCGGAGCGCCUCAGAGAUCUCACUGUGUUGCUGAGGCAGUUUCAGUACUGAGGAAAAACAUGGUACUGAGAGUUCACAUCCAGGGC